CUGUUCGUGUAGAAAUUCAGUCACACUGGCGACCACACUCCCUUUCCGAUUCAGAGCAGGCGGCGCUGGCCCUCGUAGCGGCUCGAUGGCGCCCGAACACCACUCCCAUCGCCCAACGACGAAGCAGGUCAACAAGCCGUUCAAGACCCGCCACGCCUCGAAAUCGUCGCUGAAGAACGAGCAGAAGGGGAAGGUCGAGGCUUGGGAGAAAGGCAGCAGAAAGACACCACAGCAGCAAGUCAUGUCCAAGAUUGACAGGCGUAACCGGGCAAAGCAGUUGCGUCAGAACCACGCGAGCGACCGCGAGGACAAGGCGUCCGUGUUCGCAGGUCGCGAUGCUGCGCCUCGGAUCAUUGCUGUGGUCCCUCUGUGUGACGACGUGAGCUCUACCAAGGCCAUCAGUGAACUGACUGGCAGCGUCGAGGCCGAUGACAUCGAUGUGCAGUCCGCUAGCAUAUACGUUCCACGAUUUAAGCAGAACGUACGAUUCUUGACGCCCACGAGGGAUGUGAUACAAUGCCUGGAUGCCUGUAGAGUUGCAGAUUUCGUUCUGUUCGUUUUAAGUGCCAACGAGGAGGUGGAUGAGGCAGGCGAAGAGCUUCUGCGCAGCAUUGAGGCUCAAGGUGUAUCAACAGUGCUCACUGGUGUCUAUGGCUUGGACAGGGUAGAACCAGCCAAAAAGCGACCAGAUGUUGUGAAAAGUUUGAAGAGCUUCAUCACGCAUUUCUUCGCCACACAAGAGAAGGUACACGAUCUGGGCAACAGGCAAGAAUGCAGCAAUGUCAUGAGGAGUUUGUGCACAACCAUGCCAAAGGGCAUCAGAUGGCGCGAAGACAGGAGCUGGAUGCUGCUUGAAGACUGCCAGUGGGAGGUUGACCAGGCCAUCGUCACCGGCGUCGUACGCGGGAGAGGCUUGAAGGCUGAUCGACUGGUACAACUGGGCGACUGGCCUGAUCUACAAAUCGAGAAGAUCGUGGCUGCUCCCUUAGAGACACGACACAAGAAAGCCAAGAAAGAUGAGAUGACAGUGGAUGAACCCCAAGGAGAACAGAUUCUCGAGCAGGCCACUGACGAGCGCGACGAUCUCGCAGAGCUUGCUCCCGAAGAGACGACCAUGGACGAUCUGCCUACAGCCUCCGUCGCUCCUUCAGAACGAAAAGCGGUUUUGCUCGAUGAUCACCACUACUUCAACGAUGAUGAUCGAGACAAUAUACCUGCGCCGAAGCGAUUACCUCGAGGAACCAGCAAAUACCAAGCAGCCUGGUAUCUGGACGAUGUCGACUAUUCUGGAUCAGAUCUGGAAGAUGCCGAUGAAGAUGAGGAUGAAGACAUGGAUGUGAAUGCGAAUGGCUCGGUAGCAGGUCCCGCUGAUGGCCACUUCGAGGAUCGCAUGGAUGCAGCAACAGAGGCUGGUGCACCAUCAGAGUACCCACAAAGCGAAAUGUUUGAUGAUCGAGCACCGGAAGACGAAGCAGAGCAAAUCGAGGCAUAUCGCAAAUCGAGGCGUGAAGAGGCAGAAGACGACUUGGAGUUCCCAGAUGAGAUUGAGCUGCACCCUGGUGUCAAUGCGCGCGAGCGAUUGGCAAAGUACAGAGGCCUGAAGAGCUUGAGAACAAGUGCGUGGGAGACAGAGGAGGACAAGCCCUACGAACCAGAGGACUAUGCUCGUUUGCUGGAAAUUGCCGACUACAAAUCAGCAAAGAAUCGUGUCGUCAAAGAGGCUGUCACGGGCGGAGUGAAGCCUGGCACGCGUGUGGCAGUCUACCUACGCGUCCCACAAGACAGGCGGCAAGAGCUCGAAUCGCUGCCGAAACCAACAGCACUGUUUUCGCUUUUGCGACACGAGCACAAACGCACGGUAGUCAACGUUUCGAUCACACUCUCGUCCGACUACCCUGAGCCGAUCAAGAGCAAGUCGCCUCUCAUCAUGCAAUGUGGCGCUCGCCGACUUCUCAUCAACCCGCUCUUCAGCGCAGCAGGCAACACGCCGAACAACGUCCACAAGUUCGACCGCUACCUGCAUCCAGGACGCACAGCAGUAGCCACCUUCAUCGGUCCAGUAACAUGGGGCAGCGUACCAUGCCUCUUCUUCCAAGCGCCAACAUCCUCGGCCUCAGGCGAUGCCAUCGAAGACCUCGCACAGUCGCUCAAGAUCUCGCAGUCUCAAACGUCCCAGCUCGAGCUGAUAGCAACCGGCACUACUCUCCCGCCUUCAACGCAACGCAUCAUAGCCAAGCGCAUCAUCCUCACUGGACACCCUUACAAGAUCCACAAACGUGUGGUGACUGUCCGCUACAUGUUCUUUAACAACGACGAUGUGCAAUACUUCCGUGCUCUGCAGCUGUGGACGAAGAGAGGUCGCAGUGGCUUCAUCAAAGAGACUUUGGGAACACAUGGGUACUUCAAGGCUACAUUCGACGCGAAGAUCAAUCCUCUGGACUCUGUUGCUGUCAGCUUGUACAAGCGAGUGUGGCCAAGACAGGCACAGGCGUGGAGACCAGGCGUUGGAGGCACGAAUGAUGACGACGAAGAGGCUCCGAAAUUGAUGGAAGUAGAGAAGUAGUUUACACGAUGUGCUUAUGAGGACAAGGAUCCUGCACGUGUUCGAAAAGGGCACGCAUUUACUUUUACAAAAGCUCAUCUGAGCAUCGAGAACAGCGGUAAAAUUCGCUUGGACAAACAAAAC